AUGAAACUCGUCGCAACGCUGUGUAUAGCUGAAAGCUGUAUUGGCGAGGUCGUGUCCGCGGAAUAUCACAUUCAGGCACUCCUAAGCAUUCUGGACUUGAGAGAGUCGGGCGAGUUGGCGGGCGAGAAGAGCGUUAAGGGCGAAGACGAAGUGGCCGAACGUCUUCUCGUGGCAGCACAUCAGUUGACUGCUGCAGUGAAGAGUCGCCUGAACGAUCACAGUGACCGGCGUUCCGAGCUUACUCAGCCUUGGCAUGUUUCUUUCUCGUCCAUACCCAACAGCCAAGCCGGAGUGCGCCUCAUACCAUUCCACAACAUCAGCGCGACAUCCCGUCACGUAACUGAUGUGGACGCUUUUCCAUUUAUCGUCGCACUGCGCGGAUUGACGAGAGCAGUGACUCAACAGCAUGUUGUCAAAAAAUCUCCACAUCAUCUCGUGCAGCCGUCCCAUGGAGCCUUUCCAAGGAAUAUAUGUGAUGGCGAUGAUCCGCAAAAUUGCCUCGGCUGCACAAGCAUGACGGCUCUCAUGUAUGCCAUAGCACGGGCCAAUGCGGCGUCGUUUUUCCCAGCGACGGACCGGAGCAAUAUGAUGUUCUGUGCCUUUGGAACGGUGGCCAUCCCAUGGAACCGAGGCUUCUGCGGCGUUUAG